GGUUCCUCUUAAGGACCUUGCCCUAUCAUUUAAUAGUUUUUAGUAAAAUAAACAUGAGAUGAAUUCUUAUACUUACAUGUAAUGUUAUUAAUAUAUAACAUUAACUCAUCUACAUACGUUUAAAUGGAAUGUUACCACGUUACCUUUCCUCUCUAUCAGACUUUGCACUUUAAAACAGAACUUGAAGAGCUCUGUGCCCACCAGCUCCUGAGUCAGCAGGCCGUGGUAAUCCCUGCGGCUUAGGUGGAUACAGUACCAGACACGGGGCAAAGCGAGAGGGCCAGCGCAGUGAGCCACGCGCCUCCUCCGUAGUCAUAACUACAGCCACACAGUUCCUGCAGUUCCCAGGCUCCAAGAAAUAUGCCAAAGGGAUGGAUUCACUGCCUUGGCUCGCAGGGAAUGUGGUGAGGUGUUUAUGUGAACGGUGCCCCGGAAACAGGCUCACUGAGCACUGGGCCCAGGAACUCCCGUCUCUCCAUACUUUCAUCUUCAAAGAAGUGUGUACACGUGGUUAAACAUUUUUCCAGUUCAGAAAUGAAAAAAGUACCUAAGUGAAUAAGCCUUAAGUAUAGAAAUGAAUGAAGUAAAAAAUCACAAAGCUCCUUUUCAGUUCUGGUCUCCGUCCCACCCCCCUAAGUGAGUCGCUGUUGGCAGUGUGGUGUGUGCUUCCAGUCACUUGAAAGAUAGCAACAAGUAUGCAUCCCACUGAUGCGAACUUGGACGUGCGUGUGCCUCUCUUUGUGAAUUAAUGAGCUCAUGGUAGCCAAUCAAAUAUCAUUUGCUUUUUUGUUCCUCCAGCUUAAUUAAAGUACCAUUGACAAAUGAAAGCUGUAUCUCUUUACAGUGUUGAAGAUGAUGUUCUGCUACAUGUGUAUAUUAUGAAAUGUAAAUCAAGCUAAUUAACAUAUUAAUCACCUCACAAACUUAGCUUUUUUUUGUGGGCCUGAUAAUGUCCCUGUACUGUGGAGUAGCUUGGAGGAGCAAAUCUGGGUGCUUUAGGCUGCUGUCAACCUAUGUCACUAAGACACGGUACCUAUUUGAACUGAAGGAAGACGACGAUGCGUGUAAAAAAGCCCAGCAGACAGGAGCCUUUUACCUCUUUCACCGCCUGGCUCCUUUGCUUCAAACGUCAGAGCGUCGUUACGUGGCCCCCCGGGUCAGCCUGUUAGAGUUGGAAAAGCUCCUGGAGAAGUGUGGCCAGGAUACACAGAGGAUAGAAGAUUCCGUGCUGAUUGGAUGCUCUGAACAGCAGGAAGCAUGGUUUGCCCUGGAUCUAGGACUGAAUAGCUCCUCUGCCGUAAGCACCUCCUUGCAGAAAUCUCAAAUGGAGACGGAGCUCCAGGGGUCUUUCAUUGAGCUGAGGAAGGCCCUCUUCCAGAUGGACAUGAAGGACGUCUCCCUGCUGUUCACGGCUCAGGCUCUCCUCAGCUGGCAUGAUGCUCACCAGUUCUGCAGCAGAAGUGGGCAGCCCACCAAGAAGAACAUGGCAGGGAGCAAGCGUGUGUGCCCUUUCAAUAACAUCAUCUAUUACCCACAGAUGGCUCCCGUGGUGAUCACUCUGGUGUCAGAUGGAACCCGAUGCCUGCUUGCCCGCCAGAGCUCCUUUCCCAAAGGAAUGUACUCUGCCUUGGCAGGGUUCUGUGAUAUAGGUGAGAGUGUGGAAGAGGCUGUUCGUCGGGAAGUUGCAGAAGAGGUGGGACUGGAAGUGGAAAGCCUGCAGUACUCUACAUCCCAACACUGGCCUUUUCCUAACUGUUCUCUCAUGAUUGCUUGUCACGCAACUGUGAAGCCAGGGCAGACAGAGAUCCAGCUGAACUUGAAAGAACUAGAGGCAGCUGCCUGGUUCAGUCAUGAUGAGGUGGCCACAGCCCUGAGGAGAAAGAAUCCUUACAUUCGUCAACAGAAUGAGACUUUUCCAUUCUGGGUGCCCCCUAAGUUAGCCAUUGCUCACCAACUGAUUAAGGAAUGGGUGGAAAAACAGACCUGUUCUUCCCCACCUGCUUAGCCCGGAUGAACUCAUCUAGAACCUUCCUUGGUAUCCUCCGAGGAGAGACCCCGAGAUUAACUGUAAAGGGGAGGUGACAAAAGGCCAGCUCCAGGCCAGUAAGGCAGAGCAGAUGAGCCUAUAACGAGACACUCAUUAUCAGCAGUAUUACAGAAAGAAGUCCUUACUAACAGGCAAUCAAAUAUGCCAAUGGGAAUCGAAAAACUGAUGAGCUAUUAACUAUCAAAAUCACAGGGAAUGGUAAAACAUUAGUUUAGAUGUAGACACUUGUUCACUCAUUUUUCUCCAAGGUUUAGGAACAAGUAUCUUCCAGUAUGUGGCUUAUUAACACUACAUGUACAGUAAUUGACAAAAUAUGACUGGUGUGAUUUUAGCUUAAAACUUGAUCUUAGUAUUAAAAAUAUACUACUCCACUCACCACUGAGUUAGGUUUUAUCCUCACAGAAUUAAGAAAAAUACCACAAUGUAACAUUUUUUAACUUGUAUACAGGUAUAUUCUUAUACACGGUAUUUAAAUAAAAAUCAUUUCUUUCAGUCUUCCAAAGGGAUGAGGAAAGUGGGAGCUCAGGUCUGUCUGUCUCAGACACAUGGAAUAAAUCAGAUGCAGUGAGGCUCUGGGUAGCUGAAUCCAGGGGGACUCAAGAUGGUAAGGACUUUUUUGUUCUCAGCUGUGUUACUUGCUCAGUUUGUCACUCAGGGAAAAAACUCUGUUUUCCAAAAUGUAUAGCAAUGGUUACUGGCAGGUGCAUACCUAAAGUGUUGAUAAACAUCAACUAAGGGAUGAAUGAGAUGAAACAAAUGUCAAUCCCGAACCAUUUCUUGAGCCUUAUGGGAUAAAAGUAAGUUAGGAGUUCUCAUUUUUGUAUGCCUGUUCUAUACCUUGUGAUAGGGAGAAGAGUUUAUCUGGGAGAAAUAAAUAAAUCUCCAAAUCUGCUCAGAUGUAUUUUUUUCUGUCUUAUGACUUGAGGAAAUUUUAGAAAGUGAGAACUGGGAGUGGGAGGCAGCGAAGAUGUCUUUAUUGGUGUGACAAACAUUGAAGUCCACAACUGAAGCAAUCAGCAGAAGCAAUACUGUUAGAGUCCAGCUGAAAAGGAGAAUGGCUGGGGAAAGACUCCUACCUUGAGAUUAUUCUAGGGACUAAUUUGUGCUUCAAAGACUUACGUCCCAGAAACCCUAGGAUUAGUCACACAUCAGAGUCCCAUAGGGCUAAGCAAGAGAGUUGAGAUCUAGGAAAGCUGAAGUGCUGAAGGGUGGGCGCUGUGGUGCGGCAGGUCAAGUGCCACUUGGAAUGCCAGCAUCCCGUACUGUAAUGCCAGUGUGAGUCCUGAGUCCUGGUUGUUCCACUUCCUGUCUAGCUCCCUGCUAAUGUGCCUGGGAAGAGCAGAAGAUGGCCCAAGUACUUGGGUCCCUGUUACCCAUCUGGGAGAUCUGGAUAGGGUUCUAGGCUCCUGGCUUUGACCUGGCCCAGACCUGGCUGUUGCUACCAUUUGAGGAGUGACCCAGCAGAUGGAAGAUAGAUAUUUCUAUCUCUCCAUUUCUGUCGUUCUGCCUUUCAAAUAAAUAAAUUAAUUUUAAACAUAAAAAAGGAAAGCACUGCUCUCUUCACUGCCCACCAUCAUGGCUUCAGGGAUCUUCAGAAAUUGUUGAACACUAUGUGAUGGGACUUAACUGUCCUGUUCUAUUGGCAGGCAGCUUGCUUGCCUUUACCUGGGCCAAACCCAGUGUGUGGGAGAGAAAAGAAAGGUUCCGAGAAUUCUUCGUAUCUAGCAAUUAGAAGAAAACAGUUCAGGGUCCGUGUUAUUACUGUCUCCUGAUCUCUUCUACCUAAUGCGGAUGUGUUUGGGAGCACAUGUGUACACAUGACCAAAUCUGAGCACAGUGACAGAGCGGGGAGUGUGCAGUAUUCCUGGUUAUGAGUUUCCCAAACCUGCUGUGGAGUAACUGUUUGCUUUUUGAUCAAUGUGGGUUUUGGAAAAGAAUAGAGUGGCUAGUGAAGCUCUGCAACACUGAACUUUGUUUCCCAGAAAGCUUUGCUAUUUGUACCGAAAAUAGCAGAUAAAUAAAACAAACUACAAGGCUACCUGGGCUGAAGAAUAUCACAGUCCUUCAAAACCUCUGUGCAAAGUGGGAUUAAAAGAUUGAUUUCUUUGGGUAUAAAGAAUUUUGAAAUCCAUGUGGUUUUCUUUUUUUUUUUUUU